UCCUAUCUCUCUUUUAUGGCGCCUCUCUUUUCCAUUGCAGCAACAACAACAGCAACAACAACAUCAAUGUCUGGCCACGGUGGCGGAGCACCGCCGGGGCUACGCGCCCAGCAAUGGAGCCUCCGCGGCCACCGGUACGCGGUCCUCCUCAUCACCUUCGUCGCCUACGCCUGCUACCACGCCUCGCGCAAACCCACCGGAAUAGUGAAGAGCGUGCUCAGCAAGGGGUGGAGCCCCUUCAACGGUGCCCACGGAACGUCAAAGCUGGGCGAGAUCGACGUGGCGUUCCUCGCGUGUUACGCCAUCGGAAUGUAUGUGGCGGGGCACUUGGGAGAUAGGAUGGACCUUCGCCUCUUCCUGGCAACCGGAAUGUUGGGUAGCGGAAUAUUCGUGGGGCUUUUCGGGAUGGGGAGCUUCUGGAAUGUUCACGGGUUUUGGUACUACCUCUUGAUGCAGAUGAUGGCGGGGUUUUUUGAAGCCACCGGUUGGCCUUCGGUUGUGGCGGUUAUUGGGAACUGGUUUGGGAAGCACAAGAGGGGGCUGAUAAUGGGGGUUUGGAACGCGCAUACUUCGGUGGGUAACAUUUGCGGCUCUCUUCUUGCGGCUGCUGUAUUGGAUUACGGUUGGGGUUGGUCGUUUUUGGCGCCUGCUGCUUUGGUCAUUCUUGGAGGACUUUUUGUUUAUUUCUUUUUGGCUCCUUACCCUGAGGACGUGGGCUUUUCGUUUGUUCGUUCUGCUGAUGCUGAUGCUGAUGCUGAAGAGCCUCAGCUGAGUGAUGAAGAGGCUCAGCAGAAUACAGGUUUUCCCAGAGAAGCCUCUGUCAGCAUUGGCCUUCUUCAGGCAUGCAUGAUUCCCGGAGUCAUACCUUUCGCCCUCUGCCUUUUCUUUGCUAAGCUUGUUGCCUACACCUUCUUGUAUUGGUUGCCGUUUUACUUGACUCAGACAGAAAUUGGUGGGAAGUACAUCUCUGUUAAGUCUGCUGGAAACCUUUCGACCCUGUUUGAUGUAGGGGGCAUUUUUGGUGGUAUUAUUGCUGGCUACAUAUCCGAUAAACUCAAUGCCCGUGCUUUAACUGCGGCUACCUUCAUAUAUGCAGCCAUUCCCUCUAUGCUUUUAUACCGAUAUUAUGGAAGUGUUUCUAUGAAUGUCAACAUUGGUCUUAUGAUGGUGACGGGACUACUCGUAAAUGGACCUUAUGCACUAAUCACCACUGCUGUCUCUGCUGACUUGGGUACACACAAUUCUCUUAGAGGAGAUUCUCGUGCUCUAGCUACAGUAACUUCUAUCAUAGAUGGAACCGGAUCUGUUGGUGCGGCUCUUGGCCCUCUUCUCACUGGGUUCAUUUCAACAAGGGGAUGGAAUGGAGUUUUCAUCAUGCUAGUUCUUGGCGCUUUCAUUGCGGGGCUUCUUUUGACGCGUUUGAUCAUAGCUGAGAUUGCAGAGAAAAGAAGCAGACAUUUAUCAAGUGAACGGCAAAAUCCUGAAGCCACUGUAGUUCAACCGCUUCUGGAACCACUUCUAGAGGAGGAAACGUUGGCAGCCACUGUACCUGAGCCACUUCUAGAGGAGGAAAGGUUGACAACCACUGUAUCUCAACCGCUUCCAGAGGAGGAGGAAGAAAGGUUGGCAGCCGCUGAGCGAAGGUUGGCAGCCAUUGAGCAAAGGUUGGCAGCCGCUCAGCAUAGGUUGGCAGCCACUGUCUUUCACCAUCUUCCGGAGGAGGAAAGGUUGGAAACUACUGUAUCUCAACCGCAUGUGAAGGAGGAAAGGUGAAAUUUAUCAGGUCCUCGUGAACCAUCGAAUAUAAUGUCCAACACUCGGGUUGUAAUAUGAGAAUGUUGUCAAAUUUUGUUAAUACCUCUGCCUCUAGCUUGCAGAACCGACUUCAUUGUUCAUUUUACUGAUGUGUAAAUCAACAUGUAGAUUUAACAUCCAUUCAUUUAGAUACCCAAUCAAUUUGUUAUAUAGACUCUGGAAGGUUCCAAAGGGGGUCACGCCUCACAACUGUGUAUAGAAAUUGAUUCCAUUUCAUCGUGAAUUGAUUUUCUGAAGGGAUGAUAGUGGACACUGACUGCUUGUACU